AUGUCGCCUUCGAUGUCAGUGGGGCCCCCAGUGUUGGGUCAGGGUUUGCGGAGGGGGCCCCCUGGCGGCCUCUGCAGCAGCAGCAGCAGCAGCAGCAGCAGCGGGGGCCACCCGGACCGGAGCUUCCCCGUGUCUUCGCGGGGGUCCCCUCGCCGGCAGGCGCAGCCGGUGCGUCUGGGGGCGGCCUCGCGCUCGUCAGCAGCAGCAGCAGCAGCUGCUGCUGCUGCAGCAGCAGCAGCAGCAGCAGCAGAUGCUGCAGCAGAGUCCCCCGCGCCGCAGCAAGAGCCCCCCCUGCGGCGCCUCAUUAUGGCCAGGAGGUCCCGCCUUAGGCUAAACCCUUUAAUGCGUUAUUUGCAGGGGCCCAUAAAGGCCAGCAGCAGCACAAGGGGGGGCCCCCAAGCAGCAGCAGCAGCAGCAGGAGCGGCGGGAGCGAGCCCCCAUAGCGCGGCCCCAGACACGGCGCAGGGAACCCCGGAAGACCCUGCUGCUGCUGCCGCUGCUGCUGCUGCUGCUGCUGCUGCCGAGCCCACGGCAGCCAUUCGCGGGUGCACGACGCCCAUAGACAUUGAGCGCUACUACGAGGCCGCAGCAGCAGCAGCAGCAGGAGGAGCAGCAGCAGCAGCAGCUGCUGCUGGUGGCAACCAGGCAGCAGGAGAAGCUGGGGGGGCCCCCGCAGCAGACAAGGGGGCCCCCAGUUCUGCUGCUGUGUCUGUGAAGGAAGACUCGCUGCAGUGGUGCGUGCAGCAGAUUCAGCAGGUGCUGCAGCAGCACCCGGAAGCAGCAGCAGCAGCAGCAAAGCUGCGCGGCAACCGCCCCAUGCUGCACCAAGCCAUGCUAGCAGCAGCAGCAGCAGAAGCAAGGGGGCCCCCGGGGGCCCCCAAGGAGUCUUGGGGCCGUUGGCUUGACGCAGAAAUGGCCCCCCCGCCUCCGGAGCUGGAGGAGGUGCUGGUGGUUCUUGCUGCUGCUGUCAAGGUUUACAUCGUUGAGCUGGUGACCGCUGCGGAGCAGCUAGAAGCGCGGGAGUUCGAGCAGUGUGGGCCCCCCUUGGGGGUCCCCCUAAGGGGUGAAGCAGCAGCAGCAGGAGCAGCAGCAGCAGAAAAAGACGAUCCCGAUCCCAGGGAGGAGUCGAUCCCCAUGAGGGUUUUGCUGCCGCACCAUGUGCUCGAAGCCGCCAAGUCGCUGCCGCCCCUCUAG